AGAUCUGUGAAGAAGUCAAGAUGGAUCUUGAUAUGCUAAACAUGUUUGUAAUAGCGGGAGGCACCUUGGCCAUUCCCAUUUUGGCAUUUGUGGUCUCCUUCUUCCUGUAUCCUUCAGCACUGAUCAAAAUAUAUUACUGGUAUUGGCGUCGAAUCCUGGGCUUGCAGGUGAAAUAUGCACAUUGUGGUGAUUACCAGUUUUGCUAUUGUUACCGAGGAAGGUCGAGCCACAGACCAUCUACCCUCAUGCUGCAUGGGUUCUCGGCUCCAAAAGAAAUGUGGGUUUCUAUGGUCAAGUUUCUUCCAAAAAACCUUCACUUGAUUUGUGUUGAUAUGCCAGGCCAUGGGGGUACCACUCGGUCAUCUCUCGAUGAUUAUUCCAUAUAUGGACAAGUGAAAAGAAUACACCAGUUCGUUGAAUGUAUCAAUCUGAACCGAAAGCCAUUUCAUCUGGUUGGAACUUCAAUGGGUGGACAUGUGGCUGGUGUUUAUGCUGCUCAGUAUCCGGCAGAGGUCUGCUGCUUGACUCUUAUAUGCCCUGGAGGUCUUGUCAAUAGCCAAGAAAGCAAUUUUAUAAAACAGUUGCGGGAGCAGAAGGAGAACAACUGCAUUGACCACAUUCCUUUGAUUCCAUCCACUCCGGAAGAAAUGGGAGACAUGUUAAAACUGUGCUCUUAUGUUCGCUUCAAGGUGCCCCAUCAAAUCCUACAGGGCCUUGUUGACGUUCGGAUCCCAC